ACAAAAACUUACACUCUGUCUUGGCCUUUUUUAUCCCCAACAAAAGCAUCAUUUGUUCUUCUGCGAUAUCACUUCUAUUUCUCCCUCCUUUCACAAGGAAGGGCGUAGAAGAAUCCACCAUAAUAGCUCUAUAACCAGAAUUAAAAAAAAAAACAUUUAAAUCUCAUAAUCAAACAAAAGAAAGAAAACCAAAUGGGUAUCAAAUUCUUGUUGAUCCUUGGCCUUUUGGCCCUGGCCGUAGUCGCCGAAUCAGCCAAUGCCACGUGGGGACUGACCAAAUCUUGUGUCAAUGGCCAAGGUUGCAUUGGAGAGGAUGAUGAGCUUGAGUCCUUGAUGGAUUCUGAGACCAACCGGCGCCAACUAGCCGCGAGGCGCAGUUACAUCAGUUACGAUGCCCUCAAGAAGAACAAUGUGCCGUGCAGCCGACGUGGCCGGUCUUACUACGAUUGCAAGAAGAGGAAAAGGGCUAACCCUUACAGGCGUGGCUGCAGCGUCAUCACGCAUUGCUACAGGCAAACUUCUUGAUCUCAAGAAGCAUUUAUACCAAACAAUAUGAUUGAAGAAGCGAGAGGGCAAAGAAUGCAAAAAAAAAAAAAAAAAAAAAAAA